AUGCCGACUAUUUUUAUGCCGAUGUUUGCUGAACAAACUCGUAAUUCAUGGCUUGCAUGGAAUCGCGGUUAUGGCAAGUUGCUCAACAAAGUUAAUAUUACUGCUGAGUCUCUUUUGCACACAAUCCGGGAAAUGCUCGAAAAUACAAAAUACAAAGAGAAUGCGCUCAAGUUCCGCCGCUUCUAUGAUGAUGUAUCUCCAAUUUCUGCCAUCGAAGGAGGCGCGUUCUGGAUCGAACGACUGCUGAAGUAUGGUGGACGGAUGCCGAAUUAUUUUUAUACAAGGUCUACACAACUGAGCUACACUGUCUACCUUAAUCUCGAUCUUAUUAUAUUUAUCCCUGGUGUUUUUGUUUUGUUGUUGUUAGCGAGAUAG